CUUUUACUUUCAUUCACCUCUACACUGCAUGGCACUGGCUCAAAGCCUUUGGGAAGGCUUUUUCAGGGGCAGAUCUCCAGUCAAAGGUUGCUGAACUCUAUAAAACUGUGCUGAUAAGAUUUACUGAGACGCAGCUGCAUCUACACAAACUGGACCGAGCUCAGAAACACAAAGAAAAGAUUACACUACUGAUCUUCUGCUUGGAUGAGAAUCCACAGAGAUGGAGGACCUUGAGCAGACAGCAGAAAAGAAAGGAGGAAAAAGAAGCUGUAGAUUUUGUAGAAAAAGAAGAAAGAGUAAAAUCUUCCGCUUGUGCUGCUGCUGCUGCUGUGCUACAGACGAUGAGUUGGAUGAAAGUGAAACUACAACAAAGCCUUUAUUGAAUAAAACUGGUGAAGCUCAGCACCUAGAGCUGAACGUCACGAGCAAAGGGAGUGAAUCUGAAAACGCUUCUGCACCAUCUUCCACCAAUAACAGAGUAGAAGAAAAAGUGGAGAACACAUGUGAAGUCAGAGGAAAGAGUGAGCCACGAGACGAAAAUGAGGAUCAGUCAGAGAAAAGAGAAGACACCGCAACAGGAGGAGGAGAAUCUGAAACCUGGACUCCAUCACAACCUUUAAACAUUGAGAAAGGAGAGGAGUCAGAGAAGAGCGCAGCUGAAACAGAGAGCUACACUGUGAAUGAAGACAUACAGUCAAAGACUGAUGACACUGCAGCACCAGCAGAAAGCUCUAUAAUCAAGAUUCAAGCGUCAUCUGAAGCCAAUAAGAAGGAAACGUCAGAUAAUGACAUGAGUAAAAAUGAAGAGGAGAAGAAGUCACACCAUGGACAAUUUGAGACACUGCUCAGCAGACUUCAUCUUCAAGACAAACUCCAACUCAAGUUUUCAGUAGAAGAUUUUUUUCAAAUACGCCCACCUAUAAAACAGCACCACAUCACAUCUGAGAAAGAUCUAGCUCAGAUGUUUCUCUACAGACUGACGAUGUUAGACUACAGGGCCAGAUGUAUUCUUGUAAGACCAGACAGUCUUGAGAUGGCCUAUUUAAAUCCCACAGUGUCUGAAAUCACUGAGACGGAUGACGGUGAUUUGGAGGCUUUAUUGAGAACAAGCGUAGACGCACAUGAGAAAGAACAGACUCCUCUGCAUCCAAUGGAUGUUCAGAUGGCAGUAUAUCACUGCUCAGACAGCUUCCUUAAACAGAUCAUAAUUGCAAAGCUCGCUCAGUGUCAGUAUGCCUUACCUUUGCUUGUUCCUGACCCAGUAUCAAAGGAGAUUGUGUGUCCUUUGUGGACAUUCAGACAAAUAACAAAAAGCUGGAAGGUAACUCAAAUCGAGCCUGACUCACAAAUUGUCACCAUGAAGAAUAUCCCAGUCUACAAAGCUCAGACACCCUUGGUGUCAUUUUUCCGCCUGGGCUCUUUGUCAGUGUCUAAAUCUCAGAUGAUGAACACUUUGCUCAACGAUCGUCACAGCACCUUCUUCCACAGAAACUGCCUAGGAAGCACCAAGUCUCGCCAUCUGAUGGAUGGUGUGGCAGAGAUUGCCUGGUACUGUCCUGCUGGAAAACCCAAUGAUGCCUUCAAUGACUGCAUUGCCUUUUGUAAUCUUCAUGGUGACGCGCUGUCACUUGAAGAACAGCGUGAAAUAUUGAUUGAAAAAUCCUCCAUCAAUAUUUUUCUUGUUGAAACUCUGCAGAAAAACAAAGAAAGUAGUUCUUUCAUAGCAAAUCUUUUUAAGUCCAAGAAGUCGCUCAUUUGCAUCACUGUUGAUGAUUGCUGUGAUGUUAAGACAAAAAAUGGAAAAUACAUUAUCGGGCUCAAAGAUAAAAACCAAGCGGAUGUAUCUGAACAGCUGAAAAAGAUCAUUAGAGAAGUUUUAUCUUCUCCAGAUGGAUCCAACUUGAAGCCAUUUUUCCAUCUUGAAACCAUGGCUGAGCUCUCUGGAACCAGAGUGGAUGAAAGUGACCCAGCCUGUCAAAGAGGGAAAUCUGCUGCUUUGCAAAUAAUGAAUCUGCUCACAAAAGACAACAUGGAUGUCUCAAAGAUCAAAGAUGAAUUUCUUGCUGUUCAAGGGCAGCUCUGGUGUGACUGGUGCAAAAUACACAAACAGCUGUUUCAUCUUAGAGGAGAAAUUGAAAGGGAGAAAAGUCAAAAGCAACAAGAACUGAUGAGAAUCCGUCAGAAACAAUGUGCUGCUUCCUGCAGUAAACUGAUGGAGCUGUUCAUUGGAAGCCUCUCAUCAUUGCCACCAAUAGACAAAGAAUAUUUCCUAAAAUGGACUCAGAUCUUAAUAGAUGCGCUCUCCACAAAUUAUCUUUCUUUGAUUCUCAGAAGUUACAAUACAACAUGGUCUGAGGUCUUGGUUUUGAAAAACAAACACGACAAAUCAGAUUUGUUAUCGAGGAAACAAGCUGAGCUCGAAGACAUCUCCAAAAAACUGCAGUCUGCUUCUUUUGGCUUGGAGCACAUCUUCAGGGAAAUGGGACAGAUCUAUGAAGCCCAUAGAGAAAUACAGCAGGAGAGCAACAACACUGGCUGGUCUAAAUAUCCUGAGCUGGCUGCACAGUUGAUGAUAUCAGGAUAUCCAAUGGAGCUGAUGGAUGGAGAUGCAGGUCACGUGCCUUUAACAUGGAUCUCCAGUCUUUUAGAGGAAGUCAUCAAGAAACUGGGUGACCAGAGGGUUUUUGUGUUGUCAGUUUUAGGCCUACAAAGCAGUGGAAAAUCAACAAUGCUGAACACCAUGUUUGGUUUGCAGUUUGCAGUAAGUGCUGGCAGGUGCACCAAAGGUGCCUUUAUGCAAUUGCUCAAAGUAUCAGAGGAGAUGCAGAAAGACUUUCAGACCGACUAUGUUCUAGUGGUGGACACUGAAGGACUCUGUGCUCUUGAGUUGGAAGGUAAUGCCACUCCUCACCAUGACAAUGAACUGGCAACAUUUGUUGUUGGUCUGGGAAACUUGACAUUGAUCAACAUCUUUGGAGAGAAUCCAUCUGAGAUGCAGGACAUUCUGCAGAUUGUUGUUCAGGCUUUCAUGAGGAUGAAGAAAGUUCAGCUUUCUCCCAGUUGUGUGUUUGUUCACCAGAAUGUUACAGAUGUGGCAGCAGCAGAGAAAAACAUGGAUGGAAAGAGACGCCUGCAGGAAAAACUGGACCAGAUGACCAAGCUAGCAGCUGAAGAGGAGGUUUGCGAUGCAGAGUGCUUCAGUGAUGUCAUUGAAUUUGAUGUGCAAAAAGAUGUGAAAUACUGUGCCCAGCUAUGGGAGGGCAGUCCACCCAUGGCUCCUCCAAAUCCAGGUUACAGUGAGAGCAUCCAAGAACUAAAGAACGUCAUCCUGUCUAAAGCUUCAAAGUCUGCUGGAAUCACACUCUCUCAGUUCAAGACCAAAGUUCAGGACCUGUGGAACGCCCUUCUGAAUGAAAGCUUUGUUUUCAGUUUUAAAAACACACUUGAGAUCGCAGUAUACAGAAAACUUGAGGUUCAGUAUGGGAACUGGACCUGGGCCCUUAGAAGCAAGAUGUUGACCACUGAAGAACAGCUUCAUAACAGAAUUGAAAAUGGAGAUCUUGACAAGGUUGAGAAGACUUAUCUUUUGGAGGAAACGAGCAAAACAUUUAAAGAAAUUAGGAAAGCGAUAAAAACAUACUUUGAGAGUGACAAAGAUAAAGAAAUGUUGACUCAGUGGAGAGGACGAUUUGAAAUCAAAAUCAGUGAGUUUUAUGAUGAGCAGGUGAGCAGAUUAAAAACAAAACUGGAUGGAGUUAUCCUGCAGAAGAAAGCAUGUAAACAGUUGGAUGAUGAUAAGACAGGCUUUGAGAACAAGCUGUUACAGAAGAGCAAAGAGCUCGCUCAGCAACUGAAGGAUAAAGUCAGAGAUGAAGAAGAGCUUAACAAACAGUUCAACUCUGUUUGGAGUGGCUGGAUUACUGAAUUAACAGCAGAUACUAAAACAGUUGUAGACGUCAACUUGGAAGAAGAUUACUGUACUAUUCUUCAAGAACUCGGUUUUGAAGUGGCUUUUGUAGAUGAAUCAAAAAGACGUGGGAGAUACAAGAAAAUAUCUGAGAUUGGUGAUUAUUCAGACUACCUAAAGACAAGUGGACCAAAAUUUCUGGGGACUGUGGUAGAUCUUUACAAAAAAUAUGCUUUCAGCAGUUCUUUCUCAUUUAAAGAACAACAACAAAUCAGAUUGCUCAUCGAAAAAGCUGAAAACGAGUCCCUUGUUGCACUGAAAAGCAAACCUGUAGCAACAAGAGGCUACACACCAACUUACUUGCAUGAACUUGCCAAACAUGUGAAAGACGAAGUCGAGGAAUUUGUGUCAGAGAGGAAAUUUGCUUUGAAGAAGGAUUUUACAGUUGAUCUUUUGCUGUAUGUGUUUGACAGAGCAGAGACUUGGCUUCUUGAGUCCCAUAAAAAAUUCAAAAUGAGGAAUGAUCCACUCACAUAUUUAGAAAGCAAGGAAGCACAGUUUUCCACAGUUUUUAGAAGCUUUUGCAAAGGAAACUCAUCUGCUGUUGUCCUUGGAGAACUGAUCUGUGAAAAGCUGAAAGCUUCCACUGUUGAGGCGCUCUACAACAGGACUGCCAUUGAUCUGGCUCACCAGAUGAAGUGCAAUUUCCCAGCAUUCAGUGGCAACACUCUGGACUUGGAGAAACAUAUACUGAAGUCCCUCGCUGAGAAAGAAGUCUUUGAUGAUUUCAUCACCUACAUCAAAAACCCAAGGAGACAUACAAAAGCUUUUAUCACAGCAGCAGUAGAGAAAUACAUCUUCAAAGAUCACAAGGAUGAAGCUGCGAAUUUACUUGAGAAAAAUGUUCUUGACAUCAACUCACUUGUUAGUCAAGCUUUAUUUACUGCAACACAGAAAGUCCAAACUCAGGGAGGAGACGCAGACACGUGGCUGAAGGAGUUUUCCAGUGUGCUAAAUGAUAAGCUCACCCUGGAUCCCAUUUGUUCUCAAAACUUCAGUGACAUAAACGAUUUUGACUUUCUGAAGGGAGAGAUAGAGAAAGGAUUUGCUGCCAUCAUUGUGCAGAUGAGCACCAUGUCACUGGAAAACUUGAAGGAAUCCAGACUGAAGCCUGAUGAAAUCCUCACAGAUCAGCUGUGUAAGCGUUGCUGGGUAAAGUGUCCAUUCUGUUCCGCUGUUUGUAUCAACACUAUUGAAGAUCACAGUCCCGAUGACCACAGCGUCCCUUUCCAUCGACCUAAUGGGAUCCAAGGAUGGCACUACAAAGGCACAGUGGAGUUGUGCAUCACUUUCUGCACAACAAACGUUUCGAGCGAAGGCAGGUUUUACCCUCAUCAUGAUUCAGAGGAAAGCAUUCCUUAUAAACAAUACAGAACUGCUGGCUCAAAGUAUGCCACAUGGAGAAUCACCCCCGAUGGGUCGAGACUAUCGUACUGGAAAUGGUUUGUGUGCCGAUUUCAAAACACACUGGAAGAGCACUAUAACCUAAAAUUCCAGGGCAGAGGAGAGAUUCCUGAUGACUGGAAAACAAUCUCUAAAGAGGAAGCCAUUAAAAGCCUUGAUGAAAUGUUCUGCUAACUCAAACAAACUGAAGCCCUAGGCUAAAUUUUCUUUUCACCUCAAAAACCCACAUAACCACUGAAUUUUUUUAUUUUUUUUUUGGAUUAAUUAAGAUUCUUACAACUAACCAGUGACAGAGAAAUGAGGAAUGUUUGUAAGAUAUUACAAUAUAAAAUUUUUAGAAGGUCUCUUUCUAUGUAACUGGGGGGGGGGGUUGCAGCAUAAACAAAUGUUUGGCAGCCACAUAAAGAAAAUCACCCGCAUUUAAUAACUGUACACAGACUUUGUGUGUGUGUGUGUCAAAUUGAGUAAUUUAGUUUGAUUAAUAUGUACAGAUUUAUCAGAUAUGUUGUCACAAAUUAUGUAACAUUUAAAGGAUGAAGAAUGUAAAACUUUUUACACAAAUAGUUUGAAAAUAUUGCCACUGAAAACCAUAUCAGAUCCACAACAUUUUUUUAUUUAAUUUUUUUAGUUUUAGAUUCUAUGUUUAUGUUAAAGAACAUUGUCACACAUAAAAUUUAGGAUGGUGUUGUCUAGCUUAAGCUAGAAUCAUAUAAAACAGUUAUUAUAUCCUCACUGUAUGCAGACUUUUGUUUUAUGCUGACAGUUUGUUGUCCAAAUUGUUUUGGACUUUUUAAAUGUGAUAUGAAUAAAUGGCAUGUACAUUAUGUAAAAAUGUUUAAAAAAUAAAGACUUUUAGAAAAUUUUAUUUUCUAAGUCUUUUUUUGUUUGUUUUUGUUCUGACAUACAAUCUGAACUCUGUGAAUUUAUAUGCACAGUAGUGAGUCUUUCAAAACUCCUA